AUGUUUUCGUGGUUCUCGCGCUCGUCGCAGGCGUCCGAGUCGUCAUUGCCUCUGCGACAUGUGCUGGUCAUCGACACGGCUGCGACGGAUUGGGCUGCCACGUUUGCGGCGGCCGACUCGGCCGAGGCUGGCGGCUGGCCGUGGAAGAUCGAAGUGACGCAGGCCGAGUGGGCCGAUGUCCGAGUGACGGCUGAGACGUCGCGCGGAAAGCGAAAGACGCCGCUGGUGUUUGUGCGCGGUGGCGGGGCGCCGUGCAGGCCGGACCUUGUCCUCGUCCGCAGCCUUGUCCGCGGCCUCACGCCCGAUCGCGACUACCGCAACCAGAUGUACGCGCUGCGGAUGGCUGGCGUGACUGCCGUCAACUCGUGGGAGUCCAUCAUGAACUGCCAGGAGCGGCCGUGGCUCCAUGCGGCGCUGCUCGACCUUGUCGACGCCGUCGGCCACGACGCCUUUCCGCUCAUCGACCAGCAGCUGUUCCCUCUCGCGGGCUCGAUUUCGUUCCCCUCGUUUAUGCCGUGCGUCAUCAAGGUCGGCCACGCCGAGGCCGGCUACGGCAAGAUGCGGGUGUUUUCCGACAAGGAUCUGACCGACGCUUCGUCACUCCUUGCCCUCCACCGCGACUACGCCACCAUCGAGCCCUACAUCGACGAGGACGCGCGCGAGUACGACCUGCGCAUCCAGAAGAUUGGCCCGCACAUCCGGGCCUACAAGCGGUACUCGCCCAAUUGGAAGGGCAACGUCGGCACGGCGCUCAUCGAGGAGAUAGCAGUCACGCCGGCGUAUGCCCGCUGGGCCGAGCUCGCCGCAGGCCUCUUUGGCGGCAUUGACAUUUGCACCGUCGACGCCAUCCAUCUGCACGACGGCUCCGACGUCAUCCUCGAGGUCAACGACACCGCCUCGGGCUUUAUGACCGGCAACGAGUGGGAGGACAAUCUCCACGUGGCGGCCGUCGUCCGUGCCCGCCUCGCCGGCGACGACCCGUGUGCUGGCGGCUCGGUCCUUGCUCUCCACCCACCGGUCUCGUCUGAGGGCAAUCAGACCGACGCCAGCCAGACCGACGCGGGAGACGUCGACGACGACUCAGACUGGUCAUCCGACCAGUGA